AUGGCGGACCUCCACCGCCAGCUGCAGGAGUACUUGGCGCAAGGCAGAGCGGGCGGGGGCGAGGCCGCCGAGCCGCUGCUCGCCGCGGGAACGGCGGCGGCGGAGCCUGCGACGGGCGGGACGUGGCUGGACCGCGUGGGGCUGCGCUGGGCGUGGGCGGCGCGGAGCCCCGCGGAGCCGGCGGCGGCGUCGGGCCCGCCGUGCCUGCCGACGGUGACGCGCACUCAGCGCCUGGCGGCGGCCGGCGUGUGCCUGCUGCUGGCCGCCUUCUGCUUCGGGCUGGCGGUGCUGUACGCGCCUGCGCUGUUGCUGCGCGCGCGCAAGUUCGCGCUGCUCUGGUCGCUCGGCUCGGCGCUGGCGCUGGUGGGCGGCGCGCUGCUGCGGGGCGGCGCGGCGUGCGGGCGGCUGCUGCGCGGCGAGGAGGUGCCGUCGCGGGCCGCGCUGCUCUACGUCGCCGCGCUGGGCGCCACGCUGUACGCCGCGCUGGGCAUGCGCAGCACGCUCUGGACGGCGCUGGGCGCGUGCGCGCAGGUGCUGGCGCUGGCGGCGCUGGUGUUGGACUUGCUGCCUUGGGGCGCCGGCCCGACCCUGCGCCUGGCGCUCGGGCGCCUCAAGCCCGGGGCGCGGCUGGCCAAGGCGCUGCCCGUGUGACCGUGGA